UAACGUAUCGGUAUAUUUCUGAGGUAUAUUUUAUCGAUAACUCCGGUCCACUUCCGUUUUCUUUUCUUUUCGUGUAUUCGCCCAGCAAGAUGAAAAUUGGCUUGUGUGCAUUCAGCGGGUACAAAAUCUACCCCGGCCAUGGCAAGACCAUGGUCAAGAUUGAUGGCAAGAGCUUCACCUUCCUGGACAAGAAGUGCGAGCGCUCUUACCUGAUGAAGCGCAACCCUCGCAAGGUUACCUGGACUGUGCUCUACCGCCGCAAGCACCGCAAGGGCAUUGAGGAGGAGGCCUCCAAGAAGCGCACCCGCCGCACACAGAAAUUCCAGCGCGCUAUUGUCGGCGCUUCCCUGGCCGAGAUCAUGGCCAAGCGCAACAUGAAGCCGGAGGUUCGCAAGGCCCAGCGCGAUCAGGCCAUCAAGGUCGCCAAGGAACAGAAGCGCGCCGUCAAGGCAGCCAAGAAGGCGUCAGCCCCAGCUCCCGCCAAGAAGUCUGCUCCCAAGACGAAGGCCGCCAAGGUCACGCAGAAGUCUGCUCCCCGCGUCGGUGGCAAGCGGUAAACAAGCCCACGCAGAGACGGUAGUGAAGUGCUAAUUUUCUAACAAGAUUUAAGGAAACGAAGAAGUGAAAACAAAUUAAACGCUGCAAAUGCAAAUUU